AUGCCAUCUCAAAAGUCAUUCCGAACCAAGGUUAAGCUCUGCAAGGCCAACAGGCAGAACCGCCCGAUCCCCGGUUGGUUCCGAAUGAAGACCGACAACAAGAUCCACUACAACAAGAACAGGCGUCACUGGCGACGAACCAAGCUGAACAUCUAA